AUGAACUUCAAUCAUGGGACUGCCUAUAACACAAUACAACUAGGGCAAAAGAUUCUUGUCAAUGAACAGAUGUUUCCUGGAUUGUCUGGUGCAAUGGCUCUCUAUACUUUUUGCCAGGACAAGUUUCAACAAGUUCCAUAUGAGAGUUUGAAGAAUCUUAAUCAACUACUUCAAGUGCCUGAUUACCAUUCAAUAUGUUUGCUUGUAGCUGAGAAGGGCUUGUAUCUUGAAAAUUCCCAGCACAUUUAUUGUGAAGAUAGAUAA